AGGAGCGUGGCUCAAGCCCCUUGAAGGGGGGAGGGGCCACCCAGCGCGCCGCCGGGGCGCGGGCCCCUCCCCCCCGCCGCACGCUCGCUCGGUGCGCGGGGGCCGUCCCGCGGCACGGCGACCGCCGCCGCGGCUGGGGGCCCCGCCCGCGGAGGGGGCCCAGACGUGCUCGCGCCGUAGCGGAAAUCAGGACGGGAUUUCUUGGUCCGCACGCCGCACGUCUGGGGCGCGCCGCCUCGCAGGGCGCGGGGGGGCGAGAUGCUCGCGGCCCUCCGCGGCGCCUCGCUGCGCGACGGGGCCGGUGGGCCCGCGCCGGCCGGGCGCGCCGGCGGCUCCGCGCGGGACGCCCGCGUGGGGAGCUUCGAGGCCCGCCUGGUGGAGGAGCUGGCCGAGCUGCGGGGCCGGCUGCUGGCGAGCUUCGAGAGCAGCCUGGCGGCGCCGGCCUCGCCCCAGGAGGCCCUCAACGGAUCCGCGCUCGGCAGGGCCGCGGAGUACGAGCAGCCCCUGAGCGACGACGACGAGGACUUGUGGCCCGAGGCCCGGGCGGACCAGGCGACCGACGCGCCAGCCGUCCACCACGUGGACAACAGCUGCGUGCAGCGGCGGCAUUCGCUGGGCUCCAACCUGGAGAUGGCCAGCCCGCUGAACUUCGGCGACGACGGCCCGCUGCCGAACUGGCAGGCGAGAUGGGCGAGGCUGGUCGUCAAGCUGACCCAGGCUUCGAACAACGGGGAGACGAGCAUAGCCGACCUGACGGUCAAGGUGCUCACGCGGGAGAGCAGUUUCGGCGACGAGGCAGCGGAGGAGGCGUGGGUGGCUCACCCUGAGUGGCUCUCCAGCGUCCCCUCGCUGCAGACGCUGGACAGGGGGCGCAGCAGCAGCUUCGCAAUGUCCCUGGUCGACAAGGCGGACGCCGAUGACGAGUACGCCACCGACCAUCCCGCCGGCCUGGAGGCCAGGGCCCGCCUUCUCAGGAGGCUCGUGGUGCACCCAGACAGCAACACGCGGUUCGUCUGGACCUUUUUCGGCGCGCUCCUGCUCCUGUACGACAGCGUGACCAUCCCGCUCGAGGCCGUCGACCUGAUCACGGGGCACCUUCAGGCAUUGGUCAUACUGAGCUUCGUGUACUGGACCCUCGACGUGCUCUUCCACGCCAUCUGCGGGUAUGCCACGGACCACGGCGUGGAGAUGCAGAUUCACAAGACCGUGUCGCGCUAUGCCCGGACUUGGAUGCCCCUCGACAUCGGCGUGCUCAUCCUCGACGCCGCGUUCACCUUCUUGCUGAAGGGCCUUCACUCGAGCGCCCGGACGGUCGUGCUGCUGCGGUUGCUCCGGCUCGUGCGCCUGGUCCGCCUCCACAAGUGGCUUCUGGUGUUUGAGUCCUUCAUGCGCGGGAACACGUCGAAGUUCUUCGAUUUGGUCAUCAAGAUCGGGCAGCUGAUGUUGCUCAUCGUGGUGAUGUGCCACUACAUCGCCUGCAUAUGGUACGGGCUGGGCGCAGAAGCCGCCGGCAGCUCCGACCUUGGGCCAGGACCGAGGGACAGCUGGCUGGACCAGGUUGGUGUCAAAGACGAUCGGCUGCUUAGCUACACGAUGGCGUUCCACUGGAGCAUCACGCAGUUCACCCCCGCCACCAACAACAUCGUGCCCGUCAGCACGAUUGAGCGCGUGUUCGCCAUCGUGGUUGUCCUGUGGGGCAUGCUCGCAUUCUCGGUCUUCCUCAGCAGCAUCACCUCCACGGUGAAUGAGCUGAAGACGCUCAACACCGCGCGGACGCGGGAACGCUUCCGGCUCGUGCAGUUCAUCAAGAGCAAGCGCAUUCAUUCCAGUCUGGGGACCUUGAUGCUAACGCUUUUCGAUAUGGACUACAACAGGAAGACUCGAACGUUGAUCGAAGAGGACCUGCCUAUGCUGAAGCAGCUGCCCGAGUCGGUUCGCAUCCGCAUGCACCGAGAGUAUUUCAUGCCAUACCUCAAGGCGCACUGCAUGCUCGGCCGCAUCUUUCACUCGGACAAGCGGCUGUUCCUGCGCAUCUCUCACGAGGCGAUGUCCGACCAUCGGUACAUGGCGCGGCAGGAGGUGUUCCUGGACGGCGUGGACACGCGGUACGCCUUCGUUGUCGUGAUGGGCCUGCUCAUGUACCACAAGGGGCAGGGUGCCGAGGGCCUGAUGGACACCAGCAGGGACAACCUGCACCGCGAGCACGCCGUCCGCGACUUCGGUUCUGUGCGGCCCGUGCGCCCGGACGCCUGGCUGGCCGAGGGGUCCAUGUGGCUGAGCUGGGCCCACCGGGGCUCGCUGGUGGCCUCCUCCUGCGCGGAGCUCCUGAAGCUCAACUGCGAGGUCAUGCGGCAGAUCGUCCGCAAGGAGGGCGGCGGCAUGAUGGCUUGCAUGAGGUGCUGCGCCAUCCUCUUCGCGCACGAGCUCACUCUCGCGGGCGAGGACGUCUCGGACCUCACCAUGCACAAGGAGGUCCUGCAGAGGAUGGCCCUGCGGGCCCUGCGCUUCUGCCAGAUGGACAUCCACGCCGACGAGGAGCAGCAGGAGGAGGCCCCCGACAGCCCGAAGAUUCCCGCGGCCGUCGCCAACCAGAUCGCGAGGACUGGGAGGUGGGUCUCCAGGAACUGGCAGCGCGGCAUGCUGGGGCACGGCGCCGCGGGCUGACCUUCGUGCCGUGCCUCGCCGCGGCCGCCUUCAUUUUCGAAUGGCCCGAGCGAUGCGCGGCAAGGCCUUUGAGGAUCUGAGCCUCAGCCAGUUCUGCACGGCGGAUGGCUGACGGCCAAGAACCUCAGGGCCCGCUUGCUUCAUGGCCAGAGGGGCUCCAUGGAGGGGCCCGAUGCCUUUGACCGGCGUGUUCUUGUGGACACGCUAUGGUUGUAGGGGCACUCCUCCCCAGCCGCCUCCUGGGCCUGCCCCCGCCGCCUCGCGGCGGCCGGUGCCGCCGCGGAUCCACGGCAGCAAGGCCGCGCAGAGGGGCACCCUAUAGCCCUAUAGCCCUAUAGCCCUAUAUCGCUAAAGUGGUUCAGACUGUUGUUGUUCUCCAGUUUCAUUUCAAUACGUGUACUUCAGGCUUUCUGCUCUGUGUAUUGCACGCUCUUGCAGCCCUGCGUUGUGAAUUCGGCUCCGCACAUUCGCGCCCAACCGUUUGUUCACACGGAAGCAGAGAA